GGUGUCCCGGCUAACACGCUCUUCUCUGUUCUAGCAAAUGGCGGACGACGCCGGUGCUGCGGGAGGUGCGGGAGCGGCCCGAGGGGGCUUCCGCGGAGGCUUCGGGACCGGGCUGCGGGGCCGCGGGCGCGGCCGCGGGAGGGGCCGAGGGAGAGGCCGCGGGGCUCGCGGAGGCAAGGCCGAGGAUAAGGAGUGGAUUCCUGUCACCAAGCUUGGUCGCCUGGUCAAGGAUAUGAAGAUCAAGUCUCUUGAGGAGAUCUACCUCUUCUCGCUUCCAAUCAAGGAGUCGGAGAUCAUUGAUUUCUUCCUGGGGUCUUCUCUGAAAGAUGAGGUUUUGAAGAUCAUGCCUGUCCAGAAACAGACUCGUGCUGGUCAGCGUACCAGAUUUAAGGCUUUUGUUGCUAUCGGAGACUACAACGGCCACGUUGGUCUUGGUGUUAAAUGCUCCAAAGAAGUUGCCACCGCUAUUCGCGGGGCAAUCAUUUUGGCCAAAUUAUCCAUCGUACCCGUACGACGAGGCUAUUGGGGUAACAAGAUUGGCAAGCCCCACACCGUGCCUUGCAAGGUCACUGGCCGGUGUGGAUCUGUCCUGGUGCGUCUGAUCCCGGCUCCCCGCGGUACCGGGAUCGUGUCUGCCCCUGUGCCCAAGAAGCUGCUGAUGAUGGCUGGCAUUGAUGACUGUUACACCUCGGCCAGGGGCUGCACGGCCACCCUGGGCAACUUUGCUAAAGCCACCUUCGAUGCCAUCUCCAAGACCUACAGCUACCUGACCCCCGACCUCUGGAAAGAGACUGUGUUCACCAAGUCCCCUUACCAGGAGUUCACUGAUCAUCUGGCAAAGACCCACACCAGGGUCUCGGUGCAGAGAACCCAGGCAGCUGCUGUGGCAACAACUUAAGUGGGUUUUGUACAAGACAAUAAAGGGAUUGGUGAACAAGAAA